AUGGCGGAGUCACCAGUAAUUGACUUCGACGUACUAUUUUACGAUCAUUUAAUCAAGGAGGAACCAAAAUUGGUGAAUAAAGUGUUCAGUGCGCAGCGGCGAGAUGAAUUAGAAAAGAGACGGCGGUCAUCUGGUAAUUUCAAGACACUGAAAGAGGUUGUAAAGGAGUAUAAUAAGAUUGCUUGUCGAAAGCGUAGUGCUAAUGGCGUUAUCAGUAGUUCGCCUGUUGCCAAAAAGGCUUUAAGACAAGAUGAAACGGAUGACUCAAGUGACAGUUCAGAUAGCGAUCACCCAAUCAAGCAGGCAGCGAUAAAAUUAAUCAGUGGUGCUGGAAUAAAACGGCCUGCUCCUCCAUCGUCAUCAUCAAAUUCUGAUUCGGAUAUUCCUACGAAAGGCAAGGCAGGUCAGCCAAUAAACCAAUCGAACGGUAGGACCGCAUCAUUAUCUGGCAGCGAUGAUAACGGAAAGAUAUCGAUGAAACAACUCAUUUCGAAAGCAGAUAAGAAGCCACAAACGAAAUCGCCUAGUUCUAGUGGUUUAUUGACUGAAAAAGAGAUUCAAUCACCUAAUCUCGUGAUUGCGAGGAAAGAGGCAAGAAAGAAUAGCAGUUUUAGUCCUUCAAGCACUUUAGAUGAAGUGGCGAAAAAAGAAAUCAGGAUUUCGUCAGCUAGAAAACAAACUGUAUCGAAAAAGCAGAAUUCGUUAACAAGUCCUAGCAGUGACGAGAGUGAUAGUGGUGUUGGAGGGAAAUUAGAACUAAGCAGUCUUGAAAAAUCAGUUCCGAAAGACCAGGUCAUGCCAAAUGCCAAUUUGAAAAAAAAUGCAGCUCCUGGAAGUUCAUCUGAUACCAGUUAUAGUGAUGAUAUAGAUACGGGUGUGAAAGAAAAAACUCUCGAGAAAGCUGUCUCAGUCGCACGAAAAGCUAGUUUAAAAAAUACUACUGCAAAAAAACCAUCUGGAAGUACGUCUGACAGCACUUCUAGUAGCGAUGUGGAUGAUAGUGCAAAUAAGAGCUCGAGGCUAUCAGUGCAAGCACGAGUUCCUGGAAAAGCGGUUCUAGCCACACUAAGUGCCAAUUUAAAAAAUGCCGCUCCUUCAAAGAAGCUAUCUGAAAGUUCAUCUGACAGCACUUUCAGUAGCGAUGAGAAUGCAAAGAAGGAUUUGCGGCCAGUAGUGAAAGGAAAAGUUCCCGGAAAAGCAGUUACAACCACGCCAAAUGCCAAUUUAAAAAAUGCUGCUCCUGCAAAAAAACCGUCUGAAAGUUCAUCUGACAGCACUUCCAGUAGCGACGAGAACACAAAGAAGGAUUUGCGGUCUGCAGUGAAGGGAAAAGUUCCCGGAAAAGCAAUUCCAACCACGCCAAGUGCCAAUUUAAAAAAUACUGUUCCUGCAAAGGAACUAACUGAAAGUUCAUCUGACAGCACUUCCAGUAGCGAUGAGAAUGCAAAGAAGGAUUUGCGGCCAAUAGUGAAGGGAAAAGUUCUUGGAAAAGCAGUUCCAACCACGCCAAGUGCCAAUUUAAAAAAUGCUGCUCCUGCAAAGGAACCAACUGAAAGUUCAUCUGACAGCACUUCCAGUAGCGAUGAGAACACAAAGAAGGAUUUGCGGUCUGCAGUGAAGGGAAAAGUUCCCGGAAAAGCAAUUCCAACCACGCCAAGUGCCAAUUUAAAAAAUACUGUUCCUGCAAAGGAACUAACUGAAAGUUCAUCUGACAGCACUUCCAGUAGCGAUGAGAAUGCAAAGAAGGAUUUGCGGCCAAUAGUGAAGGGAAAAGUUCUUGGAAAAGCAGUUCCAACCACGCCAAGUGCCAAUUUAAAAAAUGCUGCUCCUGCAAAGGAACCAACUGAAAGUUCAUCUGACAGCACUUCCAGUAGCGAUGAGAACACAAAGAAGGAUUUGCGGUCUGCAGUGAAGGGAAAAGUUCUUGGAAAAGCAGUUCCAACCACGCCAAGUGCUAAUUUAAAAAAUGUUGCUCCUGCAAAGAAACUGUCUGAAAGUUCAUCUGACAGCACUUCCAGUAGCGAUGAGAAUACAAAGAAGAAUUUGCGGUCAGCAGUGAAAGGAAAAGUUCUCGGAAAAGCAGUUCCAACCACACCAAGUGCUNAUGUUGCUCCUGCAAAGAAACUGUCUGAAAGUUCAUCUGACAGCACUUCCAGUAGCGAUGAGAAUACAAAGAAGAAUUUGCGGUCAGCAGUGAAAGGAAAAGUUCUCGGAAAAGCAGUUCCAACCACGCCAAGCGCCAAUUUAAAAAAUGCUACUACUGCUAAGAAAUCGUCUGAAAGUUCAUCUGACAGCACUUCCAGUAGCGAUGAGAACACAGAGGAUUUGCGGUCUGCAGUGAAGGGUAAACUUCUCGGAAAAGCAGUUCCAACCGCACCAAAUGCCAAUUUAAAAAAUGCUACUACUGCUAAGAAACCGUCUGAAAGUUCAUCUGACAGCAUUUCCAGUAGCGAUGAGAAUACAAAGAAAGAUUUGCGGUCUGCAGUGAAGGGAAAAGUUCUUGGAAAAGCAGUUCCAACCACGCCAAGCGCCAAUUUAAAAAAUGCUGCUCCUGCAAAGGAACCAACUGAAAGUUCAUCUGACAGCACUUCCAGUAGCGAUGAGAAUGCAAAGAAGGAUUUGCGGUCUGCAGUGAAGGGAAAAGUUCUUGGAAAAGCAGUUCCAACCACGCCAAGCGCCAAUUUAAAAAAUGCUGCUCCUGCAAAGGAACCAACUGAAAGUUCAUCUGACAACACUUCCAGUGGCGAUGAGAACACAAAGAAGGAUUUGCGGUCUGCAGUGAAGGGAAAAGUUCUUGGAAAAGCAGUUUCAACCACGCCAAGCGCCAAUUUAAAAAGUGCUACUCCUGCUAAGAAACCGUCUGAAAGUUCAUCUGACAGCACUUCCAGUAGCGAUGAGAAUACAAAGAAGGAUUUGCGGUCAGCAGUGAAGGGUAAACUUCUCGGAAAAGCAGUUCCAACCGCACCAAGUGCUAAUUUAAAAAAUGCUGCUCCUGCAAAGAAACUGUCUGAAAGUUCAUCUGACAGCACUUCCAGUAGUGAUGAGAACACAAUGAAGGAUUUGCGGUCUGCAGUGAAGGGAAAAGUUCUUGGAAAAGCAGUUCCAACCACGCCAAGCGCCAAUUUAAAAAAUGCUGCUCCUGCAAAGGAACCAACUGAAAGUUCAUCUGACAGCACUUCCAGUAGCGAUGAAAAUACAAAGAAGGAUUUGCGGUCAGCAGUGAAUGGUAAACUUCUCGGAAAAGCAGUUCCAACUAAGCUAAGUGCCAGUUUAAAAAAUGCUGCUGGUACAAAAAAGCCUUCUGAAAGUUCAUCGGACAGCACUUCAAGUAGCGAUGAUACAAGUGGUAAUCUAGAGUUAUCACUGAGGCAGAGUGUAAGUAAAUCUCUUGUAUUGCAGAAAGGCAAGGAAUUCAAGAACGGCAGAGGAAGUUUCGAUAAGAAAACUUCUAAUGCACUGAACGGAACAUCCAAAAUAACUCCAUCUUCUGCUAGGAAAUCCCAGGCCAUGAACGAUUUAGAUGACAGCAGUUCAGAUUCCGAAAGCGAAAUUGACGAAACAUCAGCCAAAAAGCUAAAGUUACAGGUUCACCAGAGGACUACAGGGACAAUUCAGAAGAAGGCAGUAGAUACCAGUUCGUCGGAUUCUAGUGGCAGCGAUAGCAAUAGUGCAAUAAAGCCGACAAAAGGCGUUCAACAAAAUUUGGCGGCUGUCCUGAAUGGCAAAUUGAACAGUGCCGUGGGAAGUAACUCAAUGGAUGAAUCACAUCGUAAUGCAGCGAAGACUAGAACAACAAAAGCAGUUGGAGAUAAGACCUUUGCGAAUGAGGAUACAUCGUCUUCUGAUUCGAGCAGUGAUAGUGAAAUAGGGGAAGUAGCAGUUGCGAAUGCUAAAAAAUCGAAGAAAGCAUCGAAACCGGCGGUCACUCAGCCGAAGGUUAAGCCAUGUUUGUCUUCUGAUUCAUCCUCGGAUUCCGAAACAGUUACUUUUUCUAAAAAUACUGUGCAGAAGCAGCAGCCACUCAGGCUGGAGCAAGGAGUGACCCGGAAGCAAAAAUUAGUGAAUGAUAACUCUUUUGAUGAUGCUAGGGCUGAGAGAACUGAAACGAAAGUUUCCGUUGUCAGUAAAGCUGCUAUCAUAUCACCGAAACAUUUGAAUCAAAAAGCAAAGCCAAAACCGCUAGGCCCGCUGAGUAAUUCUAAAUUUUCUGCCGAAAAGGAUUCCGAAACUUCGUCUGAUUCAGAUUCCGAUGAAGUUGCUUUGACACGACUGCAGCCGCAGACUACGGCAGGAGCACAGAUAAAUGGCAAACCUAUCGGCACAAAGGAUUCAGUUACUUCAUCAGGUUCGUGCUUCAACAGUUAUGUAGCCUCAGAGAAAAGAAAUGUUAAAACUACUUUUAAGCAAGUUAAUAAAGGAAUUUGUGGAGGUGUUGAUUUCACGAAGGAAGGGGCAGCAGAAAAACGGAAGUUAACAGUAAACGGAUCACAUAAAAUAGUUUUUCAUUCAUCGACUUCAGAAUCAAAUGUUAAAGGUUUGUCUGCUGGAAAUUCACUUGGCAUUGCGCAUAUGUCUUCGUCAAAUGGUAGUAACAGAGACAAUAAUAAAAGGAAAGCUGAUGAUACUUCAGGGAAAGCUACGAACACUGUGAAAGCAAUUUCGUUGAAAGAGGAUAAAAAUAAUAAAAGUUGGACUCAAAAAAACACAGGCUGGAAGAUGGAAAAUAAAAACGCGGACAUAAAGGAUGGAAGGAAUGAUGUGCAGAAUGGAAUGGGCACGAAUCAAAACGCUAUGGAUAAAAACAAUAGCAAGCAGCAGAGGAAGAUUGUGAAGAAUGAACCGUUUCGUCGAGUGAAGACUUCGAAAGAUGAAUUGGAUAGCAGAUUUUGCGAUAACUCUUACCUCACUAAAACUUACGACCAGUGGGGUAGGAAGGCAUAUGAAGAAAUGAAAAAUGUGCAAGGCAAAGGAUUUCGGCAUGAAAAAACGAAGAAGAAACGUGGCUCCUAUAAUGGUGGUACGAAAAUUGAUACCAGUUCUCAUUCGGUUAAAUUUAACACCGACAGUGAUUGA